CUUUGUGCGCCGCCGCCACCUACGCAAUGUGGUUGGAAAGCCUGCUGCUCUUGCUUUUACUUUGUGGCUUACUUUUCACUUGCUUGCGUUAUCACUAUGAAUACUGGAAACGUCAACAGGUUCCGCAACUGCGUCCCACAUAUGGUCUGGGCAUUUUAGGUGGCUUAUUUUCGAUGCAACGCAGUCCAGCGGAGUUUGUGCAGAGCCUUUACGAUCAUCCAGAUGCGAGGCAGCAGCCUUUCGUGGGCAUACAUGUCUUCAAUCAGCCUGGUAUUUUACUGCGGGACCCAGAACUGGUAAAACGAUGUUUGGUGAAGGACUUUUCAAAGUUCUGUGAUAGAUUUUCCAAUUCAGAUUGCAAAGGGGAUCCUCUGGGUUCGUUGAAUAUAUUUUUUCUACGCAAUCCCGCGUGGAAGGAAGUGCGCUUCAAGUUGUCACCAUUCUUUUCUAGCGGGAAACUAAAGCACAUGCUUCCUCUAGUGGAAGAGGUCGGUCGCGAGCUCGACAAAUAUCUACUCACACAACCCAUUGUAUGUGCCGAAACGAAAUCCUUCACACUAGAAAUGAAAGAACUUUGCGCUCUUUACACUACAGAUGUCAUAGCCACUGUCGCCUAUGGCGUCCAAGCGAACUGUUUCAAAAAUCCCAAUGGCGAAUUCCGGCGCCAUGGUCGCGCAGUUUUCAAGUUUAGCUUACGUCGUUCAUUAGAAUUCAUGGUAGUCUUCUUCAUGCCGCACUUGGUGCCCUAUCUACGAUUCAAAGUCGUACCCCCAACAUCCACCGAGUUUCUGCGUUCUGCAAUCAACUAUGUAAUGCAACAACGCGAGCUAUCGGGUCAAAAGCGUAAUGAUCUAAUCGAUAUACUCAUCGAGUUCAAGAACUCUACAAAAGAAACCCCUUCCACAAAUGGACUCGUGUUUGAGGGUGACCUGUUGGUUGCACAGGCGGCACUUUUUUUCACAGCUGGUUUUGAGACCUCCUCGGCGACCAUGUCUUUUGCACUGUAUGAGUUAGCUAAACGGCCUGAUUUGCAGCAGCGUGUGCGCGUUGAAAUCGCUGAUGGAUUGCGUCGUACGGCGGGCAAAGUGACGCAAGAAUUUAUAGAUUCGCUGACGUAUAUGCAAAUGAUAAUCGAUGAGGUGUUGCGUCUGUAUCCGCCUUUACCUUUUCUCGACCGCCAAUGCACUGCGGAGGAGGGCUACUCGCUGGAGCCGUUUCACAAGUUUCGUAUGCCACAAGGCAUGCCCGUUUACAUACCGGUGUAUGGGCUGCAUAUGGACCCUGAGAUCUAUCCCGAACCGAAAAAAUUCGAUCCUGAACGAUUUGCGCCACAAAACAAAAAACAACUGAAGCCUUACACUUACAUGCCUUUCGGUUUGGGACCACACGGUUGCAUUGGCGAA